CUGAAUUGUUCAACCGAGUGGAUAUGCCAGAGCCUCGCUGAACUUUUUCAUUCUUCUACACUGUUCCCUCUUCGUUCAGCUCCAAUGCCCCAGCAGCCGGAAGAGACUCCACCACAGACUCCGCCACCACGAACAGAUCCAUCAGACAAACUUGCUCCUCAACAGGCUACUGAUCAUGGCGGCAGCGCCACCGACCCAUCGGCGCCGCUUUCAGAGUCUCGUCCUGACAGUUUGGGAACGUCUGUGAAUUCUCGAGCACCUUCUGAACAAGAUAUUACCUCUUUCCGUCCAUCAUCGCUGUCACAGUCAGGAGAUUCGCGGCCCGAAAGCGUUGCUGAAACUGGAGCUGCACAGUACUCCAGAGAAGUGACCCAAGAUGUCAUGGAGAAGAAGCAUGUACGACCACCCUCGCGCAAAGUUCACUGGGGAAGCAGGCUUGGCGCAGAACUUACUUCUGAAGACCCGAAUGGCCGCUCGGCGUUCCCCUCGCCUUAUGCCUCAGCUCUCCCCUCUGAGGAAGACCUCGUAAACGUCCGCCGGUCUCUCACCAGUAUCUUCCAUCGUCCUUCCGUCGAUGCUGACUCCCAACACGGUCCAGAUAUGAGUAGGCUGGGAAGCCAUGACGUUCCGUCCUCGGCUGUAUCUCUCGAUUCGUACGAAGGAGCUGCUCCUCCGCGAAGACGGCAGACGUCUGGUCGAUCUUCUUUGAGUCGCAUGUCUGCCACAAGCUCUCUCUUCUCCAACGACAGUGAUUGGGAAGACGACGACCAAGAAGUCACCUCUGCUGGUGUGUUUAGUGCCAUGUUGGGAUUUACCCGCAAUAAAGACAGGCACCCAAAGAGGAGGAGGAGAUCGGUCAGGUCUAUGAUAGGCCUUUCGGAUGACGAAGACGAGAAUGACCGUGUGACCGCGCGAAAACGAUGGAGCACAGACUCACUCUUCGCUAUACCCUCCCGCGCUUCAAACGCAAGCCGGGGUCACAGUCGUCAAGGGAGUGAAGGUGGUGACAGCACCUUCAGCGCUCAAGAGCUUUCUGCCCGCAUCAGAGAAGCCGACGCAAGGGUCACACGGCACAAAAGGCAGUCACGCAUUCCACAUAGGAGCGAAGACCUCAACCAACCCUACAUCCCUUCUUCCCGUUAUUCAAACCCCAUCGAGCCGAAUGUAAACACCUCCAUGUCGCAACGUUUCCGGGCAUUCAUGACUGGGCGAAGUGUGCCUUCUACGCUUCUCGGUGCGCCAGUGUCCGGAGAGGCUGUCGCUAAUGGCGAGACAUCGACGGAAGAAAACCAUUACCGGUCUCUCGCCGCUCUGAUGACCACCACCAAUGCGUUCAUGGGGAUAGGAAGUCCGACGCUAGCUCAUAUUGCACCGUCGUCUGGUGAGGAGGCAGAAUCGGCAGCGGGGCAUCGCAGGGUUAGUUGGUAUGAGAAUAUCAAAGAAAAGGAUGCUGCAAUGGAAGCCAGAGACAGACAAGAGGAUGCGGCUUUGGGAUUGCAGCAUGCCCGGGGAGACAACAUCCAUAAGGCCAUGGAAGAAGGCCGCAUAGGAGAAAAAUGGGCAGGCAGGCGUACGAGAGGAAAGAGGAUACAGAAGGAGAUGGCGGUCACGAAGAAUGUUUCCAACAUCUUGCAGCGGAAAAAAUUCAUCGAGCUACUGGCGAAGGCUGUAGUCAACUAUGGCGCACCCGCUCACUCCGUCGAGGCAUGGCUGUCAUCGACUGCUGACAUUCUUGGAGUUGAAGCUUCUUUCGUCUACUUUCCAACCAUCCUCAUGGUCGCUUUCCGUGAUACCGACGUACGCACUACCGACCUCCUAUUCAUCCGACCGUCCGGAGGGUUGGAGUUGUAUAGGCUGUCGCUUGUGCACGAGGUGUAUAGAAGAGUGACUCACGACGCAAUUUCGGCGGGUCAGGGGUCAAGGGUGUUGAAAAGGAUUGAAAAUAAAGUGGGUCUUCUGCGCGUCGGAGAUACGCACGCUGACAGGAUGCAGACACUUCCCUACUCUCGCCUCAGUCUACUCGCUACCGCAGCUGUCGCGUCUGGGGUUGCAGCACGUGUCGCCUUCUCCGGAUCCUUUAUUGACAUGCUCAUGUCAGGUGUAUUGGGAACAAUCUUCACUACCGUCCAAUUUAUGGUUUCGAGGGAAAACAGGGUGUUUUCAAACAUCUUCGAAAUUGGCAUGGCAGGCAUACUCAGUUUCAUAGCUAGAGGUUUGGGAGCGUCCAAGUACUUCUGCUACCAAUCUCUGGCUUCAUCUGCCAUCGUUCUCAUCCUGCCUGGGUGGCACAUUUGCCUUGGCGCUUUAGAGCUAGGGUCCAGAAACAUUGUUGCCGGUGCCAUUCGCCUUGUGUGGGCUGUUGUUUACACUCUUUUCCUUUCACUCGGUCUCGGGUUGGGAAACCAGAUAUGGGAUGCCUUUGGGCCCGCACAGCCCACCUACGGAGACGAUAGCUCUUCCGAUGACACGACCACAGUCACCUGCAAUCGUAAUCCUGAAUGGCUGCAAUGGUGGUACACCGAACCCAACGACUGGUGGCUGUUCCUCCUGGUACCGGUUUUUGCCUACUCUCUAGCCAUUUGGUUCAGGGCAGACUGGAAAUCCAAGGAUACCCUUGUGAUGGUCUGUGUGGCGUGUGCUGGUUAUGUCGUCAACUUUUUCCUCAGCCAGAAAAUUGCAGAGACCAACGUCGUCUCUGCCGUCUCCGCUUUCGCUAUUGGCGUUCUCGGAAACCUUUAUUCACGUAUCGGUCGUGGCUCCGCCUUCCCUUCAAUGGUCGUCGGCAUCCUCCUCAUCGUCCCGAACGCCAUCGCCGCAGCUGGCGGCCUGGGUGCCUCCAGCAGCGGUGAUUCAGAUACAACGGAAGAGAUUAAUACAGCGGUAAUUGUCAGUAUCAGGAUGGUUCAGGUCGGGAUCGGGCUGGCGAUAGGAUUGUUUGCGGCCACAGUUGCUGUCUAUCCGUUCGGGAAGAGGCGAAGGUAUAUCUUUAGUUACUAGAUUGGGAGGAAAUUAGAUGCGGACCACACUGUACAAUAGGACACACAAAAAUCAUAUAUAAUAGACGAGAUUACUGUAGCAUAGCGCAUGUAUUGAUGACUCUCUGCCCAGG